AUGCGCCUUGUUUCUAGAAAUCGACCAUUCUCACGCGUCUUCCUGAAGUUUGAUGGAUAUUUACUGACUACAACGCAACUGCAAACGAACACCGCCGAGCAGUUCCACAAGUUCCAUAAUAAACCCCACCUUCCAAUAGACGCGAGGCGGAAUUCCCAGAAAGCCACAUCAGUUGCCUCAUCAGUAACAUCCGCCGUUGCACCGUCAUUUUUGACCGACUCUGGCUCGGUUCCACCUUUCACGUGGUUGUAUGUAAAGAAUUCUUUGAGGAAGUCGGUCGACUGGCUUACGCAGCAUGUGGCUAAACAACUGCAACCUAUGCGGUGUGAUCAGUUCAUCUAUCGAGACUGUAGCACCCUUUCGGCGCCUAACUGUCAUGCUACCCAAAGGAAGCACGAGGGCUGGGAUACUGCCAGGUUGCUCAAGUCUAGACAGGAGAAUUCGAGAGGCAGAUAUCGGGUUCGAACCACGGACCUUCUAGUCUGUAAAUUCGUGCUCUAA